AUGGAUACUGUUAGUGUCAGGCUGGGGUUAAAAUCUGCCCGGCCAAGACCUUCCGGCCACGAUCGGUCACACAAUGCUCGCGCCUUUAGCGUUAACUCAAAUUUGGGUUGGUCGAAUGGUGAUAAUCUGACAGAAAUAGACUUAGUUGACGCCGGUAUGACAGGGCCCGGGUACCGAAUGCCGGCUUUCGAUUGGCUAAAACGGAUUGGCUCAGACGAGAUACUGGGCAAACGUGCUGACCUUGUAAUCUCGACAAGAGGCGGAUGUGGGUGUCAUCGUUUGAGAUGGAGAGAAGUUGGUGAAAUUUGGGGCUUGCCGAGACCCCACACAUCCGCCGUCCCCUUCAAGCACGCCUCCCUAUCCCAUAAUCAUCCGAUAGGACGGCCAUGGGGUGGGCCACAGUCGCACAGAGAUUGCGCACAUCGACAGAUGCCAGAUCCAUUACACUCGUCCCGUAGAUCUGCCGCCAAGACGAGCGUGCCUACGGGCUCCACAGCCUGCAAACCCAAUUGGAUGAUGCAAGCUUUCCUAUUGAAAAUAUUCUCACUCCACCCAUUCAUCUGGUCAUUUUGGGAAUGGAGGCGUGAAAUCGCGAUAAACAGUGUUGGCUCUCGUCGAUUCCGUGACCUGUUUGGACAGAAAAAGCGUGCUCUGCUCUGA